AUGAAUCUAGAUCAAUACGAAGCAAAGGGAGAAAGAUUAGCCUUCCGUUUUGAAGACAUAGACAAUGUGCAGGAUGCAAUGGGACUUUGUUUGGUUGGUUGCUUCAUGGGUCGUCAUCCGAGCAAUGAUGGAGUUCAGUACAUUGGUUCUCAAUGGAAGACACCUCACAAAUUCUUCCUACACAAGAGUGGUUGGGUAGUGUAUAAGUUUGAUAAUGAAGAAGACCACAAAAAAGUUCUUCAAGGAGUACCUUACUUUACCUUCGGUGUUCCGAUGUUCUUGAAGAUUAUGCCUAAGUGUUCUCUAUUUGAUGAAGAUGGAUGCUUUGUGCCGGCAUGGAUACAAAUUCUUGGCCUCCCACUAGAUUGUUGGAGCCAAUUUGUGCUAAGCAAGAUUGGAUCAGAAGUUGGCAAACCGUUGUACAUUGAUAAUUUGACUAGGACAAGGGAACGGUUGGAAUAUGCAAGGCUUAUGGUAGAUAUUCUGGCUAUUGGUGAACGUGAUCAUGAAGUCCCCAUCACCCUACCUACUGGUGUUCAAGUGGAUUUGAAAAUCAUAUAUGAAAUGGUCCCGUAUUUUUGCCAAACAUGCAACAAAUUGGGUCAUCGAUCGGAGAAUUGCCGAGGAAAGGCUACACCGGUUGGGCAACAACGAAACAACCCCCAAACUGAUCCAAAUGUGCAAGGAUAUGGGAGACCAAGAUCUCAAUCAACUAGAGGUCGCGGGAGGACAAGAACGAGAUAUGAAAACCAUACAAGGCAACAAUGGCGACCAAUACAACAAAGGCCAAAUGUUGAGGUGUCGGUUGACCAACAAGAGCUUGCAAUUGUCGUUGUGAACAACCCUAUAGUGGUGGACAUAAUUCCUCCCAAUUGUGAGAAUGAAGCCCGCCAAGGAGAGGAUCAAAUGCUACAACAACAACCCCCUCAAGAGGUGGAAACAAAUGAAGAGGUGCCAAGAGAAACUGAGCAAGUGCAGCCACCAAAAGUUGUCUAG